UCAGUUGCCUCAGUUUCUUGCAUUACACAGACGCGCGCACUCGUGUCGCACAAACCGAUAACACGAUCGCGAACCGCGACGAAAACCCCGGACUAAUUUUCCCGGAGUUUUACCCCAUCACUAACGCAGUUUUAAAUUUAGAAUAGUGUAUUUUGUGAAUUUAAUUUGCUAUUUAAUUUAAAAUUAAAUAAAAUUUUUAACAAUGAUUAAAUAAAUAUAGGUCGUAAGCACAUAUAACCAAGGUGGUGGGAUAUUUUGGUACCCGGGCGACAUGCCAAACAGUUUGAUUAUAAUUCUGUGACGAUCGCCAUGUGAUUAGUAAACAUUGAUAAAAAUACGUAAAAGUUUAAUAAAAAGUGCAAUUUGAAUUAAAUAAAUAAAAAACCUACAUAAGUAAACGAAACAAUAAAAAAAAUGGAUAAACUUAAUUCAACAUUUCAUUAAACAUUUAAAUGAAUUUAGAACAGUGAUUAAAAAAUAUGUGCUAGUGCAAAGGUAGAUAAAUAUUUUCUACAUAAAUAUUAAAUCGGCAAUGACAUUGCUAUGAAUGUGCCAACGAUUAAAACGGAUUCGGAGGUGGACCUUCAGACGCAGAGUACGUCUCGUCUCCAGCCGAGGAGAACCACUGGAACUCCUAAAAAGUCGGUCGCCUCAAAGCUAUGGGACUUACUGCAGCCCCUAGCGAGAUUAUGGGGCCUUAUAACUGCCGUUGUGAUGAGCGGGGCAGGCACAGAACUACUGGUCCUAGGGUACGACGUAGCACCGGGGCUACUCGUGGGCGCAGCUCUAGUCCUGAUCCUGGAGACGAUGUGGGUGGCAGCGUUGUUCGUGGACCUGCUGUGCAGACGAGGAGAGUACACCCUGUCUCUGCGGUGCUGGGACUUCACGCGGUGGUCCUGUGGCCGCGCCCGCGCCGCCAUGUACGCCUGUGGCGCCACCGCACUGCUCUUUGCUCAUCUCACGCUGUUCGCUACUAUUUCAGGCGGCAUGCUCCUAGUCCUAGCAGCGUUGAGGGCAGCGGUACCAUUCUCCCCGUACGCGACCCAUGGACCCCACUCCCCGAGGGCCGGCAGCUCACUGCUGAGCCAACAUGACUCGCCGCUACCUGACGUGUUCUACAACGCGGCACAUACUGAGGAAGACAGAUCAGAAGAGAUGACAGUUCUGGAUAUGAGGACCACGGACAGGUCGCGGUCAACGACCCCGAAGCCACCGCUACUGAACUUUGAUUCGUGAAAUAUGUUCAAUCGAGACUAGACUACAUUAGUUAAUAAAUAUCGCCUAUGGCAACACCGUUACGCUAUACUUAUGAACAACUUGACACUUUAAUAUUUAAAAAAAAGAACGCGUUCGAUUUGCAAAUGUAUUUUCUUUUCUAAUUUUAAAUUUUUUGGUGCGUUAGGGUUGGAUUUGUUGUGUGCUUGUUUGAACAAAAGACAAGAGAUUUUUUAAAAUAUUGUAUUAAAAAAACAUGUUAUCGGUAAAUUAGUUCCAAGUUGUUCUACAGUAGUCAAGUUUAAGUAGGUGUUUAAAGGUAAGCGUCCACAGGCCCGCAUCGUACACAUCGCACGCGUCGUACGCAUUUCGUAUGACGUCAUCAUUACGCAUCGCAUGUAGGUAUUGCUGAUUACAUCAUGCGUGGGAUACGCACGAUGUGGUCAUGUGUACGCUUACCUUUAAUUAGUACUACAACUAAUUAAUUUAUUACUUUUAUAAUUUUUAUACGUACGAAGAAACUGUGAUAGUUUAGAUUGUAGUUAUGUGCGACAAAGUUCAGAGUUAUAAGAUAUUCUAAUUAAAUUAUUUAAAAAAUAAACAA